AUGAAGGUUUACAGCAAGCAAGCGCAAACGAAUAAUCAAAAUAUGACAGCACAACCAUCUGUAUAUAUACUAGGUUUCGGGGCUAUUGGAAGUCUACUCGGUGUACAUUUGCAAAAGUAUGGUGGGACUAAAGUGACGCCAUUAUUCCGGUCAUUAGGAAGACUCAGUGAUUUUAAAACGAAUGAUUAUGAGGUGUCAAUUAAGCCAUUGUAUGACAGUAGCUUAGAAAUCUUAACUGAGAGAUUCCCCGACGCAUCGUGUCCUGAAAACUUCAAAGGAAAGAUAGAUAACUUGAUAGUUACAUGUAAGACUUAUCAAACGGCAGACGCGUUGAGGCCAUUUUUGCCAUACUUGGAUAACAAUUCGAAUAUCAUUAUGAUUCAGAAUGGGUUAGGUGUUUCUGAGGUGUUAAAGGAGCAGGUUUUUAACGGUGGCGACCUGAAGCCCAAUUUGUUCCAAGGUGUCAUUGCACAUGGUAUAUUUCAGGACUCUGAGAUUAAGAAUCAGUAUAACCAUGCCGGGUUCGUCGAUUGUAAGAUAUCGAAAUUGCCUGAGAACGACAACGAUAUCAUUGAGACUUUUGCUGAUUUAGAAGCCUUGAAACAGAACGAAUUAAUUAAAAUGCUCAAUUCGCUCGAUCGAUCGUUGGGAGUGGUUCAUAUGACCUAUCAGGAGCUUUUAUUAGGACAAUUAGAGAAAUUCUUGGUCAAUUGUUGCAUAAACUCUGUUACUUCCAUUAUAGACUGCAUGAAUGGUGAAUUAGCAAACUGCGCAGGUCCCAUUUUCCAGUCUAUCAUAGAGGAAGCCAUUAAUGUGUUCCACACAGCUUACAAGCCGUUGUUCGACUACGAAGACAUUUACAAAGGUGCAAAACACGGUCAAUUGCCGAAGCUAAACGUAGCAGGCCGUUUGAAUGUGACAACAAUGUUAGAGAACACAAUGCACGUUGGAUGUGUUGUGAAUGGGGGCAAUUCCAGCUCCAUGAGACAAGAUGUGUUGAACCUCAGAGAAACAGAGAUAGACUAUAUCAACGGUUACGUCGUGACACUCUGCAAGAAAUUCUCUCUCCCUGAAUCCAAUGCCAAGGUCAAUCGCACAAUCCAGGAAUUGGUCAAACUCAGACUAAAGUUGAAUCAGACAAGAAAGGCUGGUCAGUAG